CUUAAUUAAGUACCUAACGAACUUGGAAAAAGAAACUGCUGUUUAUAUUCUCUAUGGGAUUCCUCUCCAGUUUGUGCAGUUGUUUGGAGAAACGACGGAAAAGUGGCAGCGCCGAUGUCGGAGCCGAAGCCGAUGACAAGGAAGAUGGCUUGUUUUUUGAGCUCCGCAGUUUGCAAAUUGCAACUAACUUCUUCUCCGACCUUAAUCAGCUUGGUCACGGAGGCUUUGGACCUGUUUAUAAGGGACUGAUGCCAAAUGGUCAGGAAGUUGCUGUAAAGAAGUUAUCCCUAGAUUCAAGACAGGGAAUAAAAGAAUUCACUAAUGAGGUGAAAUUACUAUUGAAAAUUCAGCACAAAAAUCUGGUUAUUUUGUUCGGUUGUUGCGUGGACGGACCUGCAAAGAUGCUUGUGUAUGAGUAUCUGCCAAAUAAAAGCCUUGACUGCUUCCUCUUUGCUAAGGAGAAGUCUCCAUCUUUGGACUGGACGAAGAGAUUCCAAAUAGUUACUGGUAUCGCAAGAGGUCUUCUCUAUUUGCAUGAAGAAGCCCCUGUAAGAAUCAUACACAGGGACAUUAAGGCCAGUAAUAUAUUGCUGGACGAGCAAUUAAAUCCAAAGAUCUCAGACUUUGGUCUGGCUAGGCUGUUUCCAGAGGACGGCACUCAUGUAAAUACAUUUAAAAUCUCUGGUACAUAUGGUUAUAUGGCUCCGGAGUAUGCGUUGCAUGGUUAUUUGUCCGUGAAGGCAGAUGUGUUUAGCUUUGGCGUUUUGCUGUUGGAGAUUAUAAGUGGCAGGAAGAGCAGUGAUCGUCGGCUAGAUCCACAAAAGGCAGACCUCUUAAUCUAUGCCUGGGAACUAUUUCAAGAACGUAGGACCUUGGAGCUUGUUGAUUCUAGCCUUGAAAACUACGAUGCUGAUGAAGCAGCAAUGUGUAUUCAGUUAGGAUUACUGUGCUGUCAACCUACUGUUUCAGAUAGGCCCGAUAUGAACUCUGUUAAUCUCACGCUUUCAAGUGAUUCAUUUACUUUACCAAGACCUGGUAAACCGGCAACACAAGGCCGUGUAAGCAGAUGGACAACUGAUAGUUCUAGUGCCUUGACAAAAAAUACUACUACUACUAAUACUACUACUACUAAUGCCAGUAGUACUUUAACUGGUGCGACAAAUGCUACUAGUUCUACUAAGGCUUUUGGAGGCAAUAGUUUUGUUGAGGAUUAUUCUAGAAAUUCUAUCUCAUAUUCUUCUAUGGACGAAGGUAGAUGACCUCAUUUCAGAGACGGAGCUAGGAUUUGAACUUUAUGGGUUCUGUAUUAUAAUUCCUUUAAGCUAUUAGGUUCUAAAUUAAUAAUUUUUACAUAUUCAUUGGAUAUCUUAAUAUAAGUAUAGAGUUUGAACAAAAGCUACUGGGUUCGGUCGAACCACAACGAUCACUGUGGCUCCGCCGCUGCCUCAUUUGUAUUGUAAAUUUUCAGUGAGUUCGUUA